CCAUGCUGUCUGCGGUUGUCUGUCUAUACCUUUAACCACUAUAGUUUCUCUUUCACUUUUCAUUAUUCGGUUUAGUAUGUCAGCAGCAGCAGUAUAGUGUCGUUGUCGUCGUCGUAAUGGGUGCAAGAACAAGUUUAAUAACAAUUUAAUCGACGCCAUUGCCAGGCUUCAAAACACACCCGCAAUGUGAAUCUGGUGAAUGCCAACGGGGCAACAAAACCAGUCUGUAUUGUGCAACAUGUGGAAUUGAUUACGGAAUCUCGCGUGAACCAAGAAACGACGCGUCAACAUAUGGCAAAUUAAGAAGGGGGGUUUCCCAGUAGACUCGUGAGUCCGUCUAAACAAAACCCAUAUCAAAAGUGACCCUCGAAAAAAAAAAUGGGUCUAAUAGUUAAACUGUUACGUAACGCGAAAAUACCGCGCUGGUCAACGUUGGUGCCGGUGCUGUUCUAUCUAGCGUUCAUCAGCUGCGUCCUGAUGCUGGCAUUUCCGGCAUCCAGUCCGACGAUCCCGGCGGAGGCAGCUGCUAGGAAAGCAAACCAUGGCACAGGCGACGACAUUGGUCUGCUGGACACCGACGGGAUAUACAAUGUGGACGAGAGUGCGACCCAGGAGCUGACUGAUGCGUUCAAUAAGGCAGACACCAACGGCGACAAGCGCCUCAACGUGCAGGAACUUGCCAAAUAUAUCAACUUUAAGAUACGGGACCACAUCGAUACCGCCAUCCGGUCCAAUCCGACGACGUUCGUGGAAAUUGACCUCAAACCACGGGAUGGUUUAAUCAGCUGGGACGAGUAUCAAACAUAUUCCUUGCGCGAGCGAGGCCUCGACGAUUCGUACAAGAAGAAAAAGGCCUUCGACACGUUGGACCGAAAGGUAAAGGAAUCCAUUGCCAGGGACAAAGCACUGUGGAUGGAAGCGGCCAGAACAGAUCCGAUGAGCUUGACGUUGGACGAGUUUCUCGCGUUCCGGCAUCCGGAAUCGAGCACGGCUAAUCUGCUCAACUUGGUGAGCGAGAUUCUGAUGCAGUUUGACUCCGACGGAGACGAUAAACUUACGAUGGCUGAGUUUUCCGACGUGUUGCCCAACGGAGUGGCGGACAUCAGCAGCAAGAAGAUCAUUCUGUCGCAAAGUGAACGCGAACGGAAGGCUGAGUUCAAGAAGAUUAUCGACAAGAACAAGGACGGCAAAGCCGAUCGGGGAGAACUCUUGGCGUAUGUGGAUCCCCGUCAUCCCCGGUAUGCCAUCCAGGAAGCCUCGACACUGUUCAGUUUGGCGGACAAGAACACCGAUCGAUUGCUUACCCUACCAGAGAAUCUUAAAAGCCGACAACAAAACGAAAAGAAAGCAACCGCCCCAGAUCCAGAUGCAUUACCUGAAUCAUUCUACGACGAGCAUCAUCCGUUUUCGGUGAAAGUUGACACAAAUGUACAAGCAUAUCUUUUACGCGCACCUACUCUAGAUUUUCCCGUUCAACGCGAAACACCCAUAAACCAUGAAGAUCUUGUGGUGAAUUACUCCUCCGUUGAAAGACUUACAUUGGACCAGUACGUACUACAAAACACGCCCGCGAUCGAGCCCCUCCAAGAGAUACAAAUAAGCUUCAAGAAGCAAAACAAGGACGCCAAAAUGACUUCCCUGGCGGACAUCGCAGCCUACCGGCGGAACGUGUUUCGCCGCAACCAAAAGUACCGCGUGGCGAAGAACCCACUGACGUACCAGGAGGAGGUGCGAAAUCUCAUCCAAAUGCAAACGGAAGCUAUGGUGGAAUAUCUUGGGCAGGUUAAGCGAGAAAAGUCGUCUCAUCGAGGGGACGGUGAUCGAGACAAGCGAAAGCGAGAAGAUAAGCACGAUGGAGAGAGAUCAAGAGGGAAGAGUUUCGAAGGAAGUCAUCGUAAAAGGAGCAAGUAUGAGUGAAUUACUUACCUGGAAAAGGUCGACGAAACAGUUUGAUAAGGGCCGUGAUAAGCACUACGCAGCACAAGAUUUAGUUUUGGAUUUUUUAAACUUUAAUAAAACAAUAACAACACACUA